AUGGCGAGCGUGGGGAUGCGAGGGGCGGCGCCCGCGAGGGCGGGUCGAGGAUUGGCGGGGUCCAGAGUGGGGUGGGAAGGGAUCCACGAGAGGGGGCGGCCUCUAGGCCUCAGGCGGCCCCCCACACUGCCAGCACGCUCAGCAACAGUCAAACCAUCGUUGCUGAGGAGGCCACCACCCCCACAGAGCAAGAGUGGUGCUGAGGCGCCAGACUAUGUGGCAGAAACUCAGCAGGGUAAUGGUGCUGGUCCUGAGGGCAAUGGUGCGGAGGUGUCCAGCACAUACACCCCAGAAGUGAAAAACUACAGCCCUGAGUUUCUGAGGAGGCGCAUUAUCGUCUUUGCUGGCAUCAUCAUCGGGUACUCGUGCUACUACCUCACCCGGAACAGCCUGGGCUUCGCUGCACCUGUGAUGGUGGCAGACAAGUCCCUCAACAUGGACAUCACCAAGAUCGGCGCCCUGACGUCCAUCUUCCCCAUCUUCUAUGGCUUCAGCAAAUUCGCAAGUGGUGUACUAGGAGCGCGUACGCCUGCCCACAUACUGCUGGGCUCGGGCCUGAUUGCCACAGCUGCUGUGAACAUCUGCUUUGGCUUUGGCACUUCCCUGGCUUGGUUCAGUGUGUUCUGGGCCAUGAAUGGACUGCUGCAGGGCCUGGGUGGUCCGUGCUGUGCACGAGUGUUGACAAACUGGUGGGCCUCGGGUGAGCGCGGCACCUACUGGGGCAUGUGGAACAUAGCACACAAUGUGGGCGGCUUCCUGGCGCCCAUCAUCGUUGGCACUGUGGCUACAAAAUUUGGCUGGAGGUGGGGCUUGUGGACCCCUGGCAUCAUAGGCGUGAUCGUUGGCUGCGCUGUGCUGUUCGCUGUCCAGGACAACCCCACAGCCGUGGGGUACCCUGCUGUUGAGGAGACAGUGCAGGAGCCAAAGGCUGAGGAGAAUGGCAAGCCCAGCAACAAGCCCAGUCUUCUGGAUCUGCUCGUCCAGAAUGUGCUGAAGAAUCCCUACAUCUGGGGAAUGGCACUCACAUACUUUUUCAUAUACGUCAUCAGGCAGGGCGUGACCUCAUGGUUUGUGUUCUACCUCAUCACGGCCAAGGGCGUUGGCGAUGCUGGCUCUGCUGCAGUGCGUGUGUCAGGGAUGGAGCUUGGCGGCCUUGUGGGGAGUCUGAUAGCAGGCCGAUUCAGUGACUGGAUGAUCCUGCAUGCAAAGCCUGGGCAGGGGGCUGUUGGGAAACGAGUGCAGGUUGUGAUGAUGUACACCGUGGGCGUGGCGAUCGCACUCUUUGCAUUCUGGAGCCUUCCCGGCCACCUGGCCUGGCUGCAGUGGGUUAACGUCUUCAUGGUGGGCUUCUUCCUGUACGGCCCCCAGAUGCUGAUCGGCCUCUGCGGGGCAGAGCUGGUGGGGCCCGAGUCGGUGGGCGCCUCAGAGGGCUUCCUGGGCUGGGUCGCCUACCUUGGUGCAGCCAAUGCUGGCAUUCCCCUGUCCAUUAUCGUCAAGAGCUUUGGCUGGAGCUACUACUUUGCGGCGCUGAUCGCUGCCUGUGGCUGCGCCCUGCUGCUGUUGGCACCAAUGAUGAACCUGAAGAGUCAUGUGCAGAGGGAAGAUGCAAAGCUCAAGCUCAAGGCUGCCUGA